GCCUUGCUCUGAAAACUGGCCAACCGCUUUGACAGCAGGCUCACACAUGAAGGGGAUUAUCACAUCUUUGACUUGAAGCUCAUGUAGCCGCCACAGGGAUCCAAUAUCUGAAAGGAUGUUUGAUCACCGGCUUAUUGAUAGAUCUUAUCGAACUGUAGGAGCCAAUUCGGCUCAACAGUAACUUCUUGCUGUGUGGAUUUGUCGAAUACCUACAGAAUGAUCCUUCUCAAUCGGCAUCCCAGCCUUUAGAGUGAGUGUCCAGACCUGAAGCCAGCUCACAACACACGGUCGCUUCACCUCUAAAGUUCAUGUCUCACCAUAUCUGAUGUUGGGGGCGUCUUCAUGGGUAAAAGAUAGUUGAAGGUGCUUACCUUGAGACCUUCCUCUUUUAGCAUGAUCCCUACCCUGCCUAACGAUUACUAAUGGCGUCGCGGGUCUUGAGAUCCGCACUUCUCUGAACAGUAUUACCUCCUUCAUCAUUAUUCAAUUGAGAAACACUGGUCUAUCUGGGUAUCGUGCUCUACCCUUCAAAAUGACUAGACGCAAGCCCCAGCCGUUGUCUAUGGUAACUGAAAAUGUGUCGGCACGAGCUGAUGUGAUGCCCGCCCGCAUCCGCUCCACCGCCUUCGGGAUAACAGUGCGUCCCAAGCGUGAUGAGGAUAAUGCAGGAGAAAUUCUCAAGAAGACCGUAUACACCAUUAUCAAAGCCGCUCUGUUAAUCCCCGGCGACGGAGAGCCGGUGAAGUCGGCCGCUCUGGUAAUCGAGAACAAACUCAUCGCCUGGGUCGGGCCGGAGCACGAUGUACCCUCCAAGUACACAGACGGCGCUCAUAGAACCUUUUCCAUCCCCUUCGUGAUGCCGGGACUCUGGGACGUGCAUACCCACUUUGGGGGCGAGGCACCCACGACACUGGAUGGUAUAGAUCCGAGCGGCGACCCACGGCUCGAGCACCCCGCUGUCGCCGGCGCGCGACUGACGAAAGGGUGCUGGGAGGCUCUCCAGCGCGGAUAUACAUCGCUCCGCGACGUCGCAGGGUACGGGUGCGAGCUAUCCCGCGCCAUCGACGACGGCAGCAUCGUCGGGCCAAACGUGUACUCGUCAGGCGCGUGUCUGAGCCAGACUGCCGGUCACGGCGACAUGUUCGACAUGCCUGCCGGAGACAUGCACCUGAAUACUGGGCUCUCGAGCGUGCACCCGGGCCACUGGGGCUCGACACAGAGUCUGCUUGUAGAUGGCGUCGACGAAUGUCGGCGUGCCGUGCGUCUCCAGAUCCGACGCGGUGCGAAGUGCAUUAAGAUCUUCGCGAGCGGCGGCGUGCUGUCGCUCGAGGAUAACCCUCUGUACGCGCAGUUCAGUCCCGAGGAGUUGGACGUCAUUGUGCAAGAAGCGACACGUCAAGAGCGCGUCGUCGCGGCUCAUGUCCACGGGAAACCUGGGAUUUUGGCGGCUGUGAAGGCGGGAGUCACGACUGUGGAGCACGUCUCUUUCGCCGAUGAGGAGUGCAUCAAGCUCAUCAAGGAGAAGGACACGGUGUAUGUCGCGACGCGUACGAUUGUGGAUUUGCUGCUGCAGGGUGGUGGCAAGGGGUUGACGAAAUACCAGUGGGAGAAGCUACAGCUAUGCGGCACCAACCACCUCAAUGCUUACAAGAUGGCGAUCGAGGCUGGGGUUCGUAUUGCGCUGGGGACGGAUACUGCUCCGGGCUUCAAUAUGGCGAUGGAACUGGAUUAUGCUGUGCAGGCAGGUCUGACUCCCCUUGAAGCCAUCAAGGCUGCGACAGCCAAUGGACCGCUCAGCGUCGGAGCGAUGGCGCCUAAGACGGGUCAGUUGAAGGAAGGUUAUGAAGCGGAUAUACUAGGAUUACUGCAUAACCCUGUCGAGGACGUCAAGAUAUUGCAGGAGAAGAAGAAUGUCGGCUGGGUUUGGAAAGGUGGUCGCCUGUUCAAAGGCCCCGGCGUUGGACCAUGGGGCGAGGAUCCUUUAUAAAUGAAGUAUAUAAAAUAAUAGGGAACUAUUCAAGCUGACAUUGAUGUAUCCAGA